AUGUCGGCAUUGAGGAAUGUUUGGCAUCUUGAUGUAAACCAAACAUCUGGCCUGCCCGCCAUCCGUAUGACGCCGAACUCCACCACGCGCAAGCUACUGUAUGCGCCAAAUGGUACACCCUCCCGCCCACACACGCGAAGAGGAGGCUCUCUGUUUUCCAAUAUUUCGGAAUUCUUGUUCACUUUUCCCACCGCUACUUUGGACAGCGGCCAAAUUGCCUCGGCAACGCACCACCAACAGGCGCCAAAGGGUCUGGCCGAGCGCCCAGGAGCGCGCCCAACGGGCAAUAAAAUAGCCGGAAAUAUCGGCGGCAUGGCUGGUGACAGUGAUGAUACAGCCAACAUUGCACCCACGGCACUGGAGGAGUGUGACUGGGAUGGGAGCGUGAACGGCGUUGGGAACAUCGCAUGUUACCCCGAUUUGGGCUACUAA